ACAUCAAUAUUCAAUACAUUUAACGUAAGCACUUAGCAGUUAGCAUGUUCCAAAAUCUAUACACAUAGUCUUCCUAGUUUGUGCUAUAUACCAAGUUGGCCUUGUGGGAAUGUCUGUAAAUAACAAAAUUAGACCGACUCGCUAUAUUUAUAGAUUAGGAUUCAUUCGUAAGCGACUGAACUACGCAUAAUAGCGAGUUAUAAUUUAGUUCCACACGUCUUUGCAUUCAUUAAAAUCGGGUCGAGAUAGUUAUUGACAUACAAUACAAAUGGCUUUAGCUGUCACAAGAGUGAUUCUCAAGUGUGAGGAUGCCCAGGAAACACAAAUAUUAGAUUUAUCAGAAUGUCAACUAAUGCAAGUACCAGAUGCUGUGUACCAUUUGAUGCGUCACACAGAAUUAAAAAGCUGUGACCUCAGUGGUAAUGUUAUCACAAAAAUUCCACCAAAGUUCACUGUUAAAUUUAGUUUAAUCACAGACUUAAACUUAGCAAAUAACCAAAUAGCCAAACUACCAGAUGAGCUCUGUACUUUGGCAUGUUUAGAACGACUGGACAUCUCACAUAACUCCUUUGUGGCACUACCUCACAUAGCCUGCCAGUGCCCCAGCCUGCAUACACUACUGGCACAUCAUAAUCAAAUUAUUGAAGUUGAUGUUAAUAGAUUAGAGAGGUCUCGAGCACUUGAAUAUGUGGAUCUCAGUGAUAACCCUCUUCCACCACGGACAUAUGAAGAACUUAAACAACUCUCCCACCCUCGGCUAUCUAUGUCAGAGCGACAGAAAGAAGAUUGGGAAGAGGAUCUUAUACUUUAAGAAUGUUCUUAAAAGGAAAUAGAUAAAUGGAGAUUGUGACCUUAAAAUAACUAAAUACUGUGCUUUUAUAAAGUUAGUUAGCACAAAAGCUUUGAUAAAUUUGUAUUUUGUUAUAUAUGAUUUUAAUUAAAAUACUGUAAUGUUUAUUAUUCGAACAUUAGUGGUUUGCAGCUUGGCAGACUACAAUGCCAUUAUUGCUAUAUUAUAUAAAACAUGCUUUAUUGAGCUGUUUACAAGCACUUUACAAAAUAAUUAAAGAAAAAGAAAUGCAGUUUUUUAAGGUUACAUUAACCUGGUGCUUCCUAGGACAGGAUGGUCCUUAUUAACUGUGAUUAUGUAAAUGAACAUAGCAAUCCUAGUUACAUAGAUUUAAUGAGUUAAGCUCAAACAUUUUUGUACUUAAGAGAUUGUGAUAAGUAUAAUUAAGUAUAGUCAACCAUAACAUCAUCUAGGCUUUAACGAUUUUUCGAUAUUUUGUAGAUUUUUACAAUCACACCUUGUUUUAAAACACUAUAGAUUGGAAUGAUGGCAAUAAUUGUUUGAGAUGUGAAAGAUAUAAAAGUUCUUAGUGUUGUGGCUUGUGACAAGUACACUAAAGUGUUUUAGUCUAAAAUACCUAUUUUAAUAAAAUUGUAUAAAAUAAUUUUCUGACUCACAAAAAUUAGUUACUAAGUUCAAAUUAGUCAAUCACUAACAAAGUUUUAUUUUUGUUAUAGCUUGUUAUAAUCUGAAUUAUUCACGCUUUUUAUAGAUUUUAUUAUUAUUUGGCAUAAUAUGAAGCAUUACAUUUUUAUAAGAAUGUGUUUAUGGUGGUUCUUAAAAAAUACUUUAUGUAAAUAAAAUUAAUUUAAUAGAG